CAGAGAGGAGCAGACUCGAGAGGAGCAGUAGAGAGGAGCAGCAGAGAGGAGGAGCAGACAGGAGCAGACUGGAGCAGUAGAGAGGAGGAGCAGAGAGGAGGAGCAGAGAGGAGGAGCAGACUGGAGCACGGCCGCUGCUGCUGGAGCUUCUCAGGGAUUAUCAACAGAGUGCGGCCGACGACAGAGCACUGAGCUGCGGGAAUGAGCGCCGCCAGAAUCCGCCCCCAUCCUCUUUCUCCCGGGGCCGUAUCCCACUGACAACCCGCGGAUCAGAACCUCCAGGGACACAGCUUCAGAACGAGCCCAUUAUCGGUGACCUUUAACCAUGGAGCUGAGAGUGGGGAACAAGUAUCGGCUCGGGCGGAAGAUAGGAAGUGGUUCUUUUGGAGACAUUUAUCUCGGUGCCAAUAUCGCCACUGGUGAAGAGGUCGCCAUCAAACUGGAGUGUGUAAAGACCAAACAUCCACAGCUGCACAUUGAAAGCAAAUUCUACAAGAUGAUGCAAGGAGGAGUGGGGAUUCCUUCCAUAAAGUGGUGUGGUGCUGAGGGAGACUAUAACGUGAUGGUCAUGGAGCUGCUCGGCCCGAGUCUAGAAGAUCUGUUCAACUUUUGCUCCAGGAAGUUCAGCCUGAAGACGGUGCUGCUGUUGGCUGACCAGAUGAUAAGUCGCAUCGAGUACAUCCACUCCAAAAACUUCAUCCACCGAGACGUAAAGCCUGACAACUUUCUCAUGGGACUUGGAAAGAAAGGAAACCUGGUUUAUAUUAUCGAUUUCGGGUUGGCCAAGAAGUACCGAGACGCACGGACGCACCAGCACAUCCCAUACCGGGAGAACAAGAACCUGACUGGAACCGCCCGCUACGCCUCCAUCAACACACAUCUAGGAAUCGAGCAGUCGAGGCGUGAUGACUUGGAGUCUCUGGGCUAUGUGCUCAUGUACUUCAAUCUGGGCUCGCUGCCUUGGCAGGGGCUCAAGGCGGCUACCAAGAGACAGAAGUAUGAGCGAAUCAGCGAGAAGAAAAUGUCCACACCCAUUGAGGUCCUGUGCAAAGGAUACCCCUCUGAGUUUUCAACAUACCUGAAUUUCUGCCGCUCACUGCGCUUCGACGACAAGCCUGACUACUCGUACCUCAGACAGCUCUUCAGGAACCUUUUUCACCGACAAGGUUUCUCCUACGACUACGUGUUUGACUGGAACAUGCUCAAGUUUGGCGCCAGCAGGACGGCAGAAGACGGAGAACGGGACAGGCGGACGGGAGAGGACAGAGACGAGCGCAUUGGGGGAGCCCCUAGAGGGUCAGCAGCCCGGGGCAUCCCCCCAGGCCCCAACCCCGGGGCUGCAAACAGAGUCCGCAACGGUCAGGAGCAAGCCAUGUCCAACCCCGCCUCCCGUGUGCAGCAGUCUGGGAACUCAUCACCUCGUGCAAUUUCUCGUGCAGAGAGGGAGAGGAAGGUGAGCAUGCGUCUGCACAGAGGCGCUCCUGCCAACGUGUCGUCGUCAGACCUCACCGCUCGACAUGACCAGUCUAGAAUCUCCACAUCACAGGUCAGCGUGCCGUUUGAGCACCUGGGGAAGUAAAGCCCAGCGUCAGCCUCCAAUCUUCAGGGUUAAGAGGAUUGCUCUGGGCUCCAGUUUGUGUUUUUACCUUCUUCUGCAAGACUGAUGCCAUGGACACGUGGACUUGUGUAAAAAACAAAACAAAAAAAGAACAAUAAAUCCAAAUGAUCCAAAAAAAAAAAUCCACUUUUUACUGUUGAAGCGAGGAUCAACCACCACAGUUCAAAAAAGCAAAUUUCUGACAGUGUUACAUCUUUGUUACCUACGGGUUCCUUUCCACAUUCCCACGGUGUCAAAUGUGAAGAACUUUUAUGUUUUAGCACUACAUGAGAUUUAUUGUUUAUGUUUGAACUUUGUGAGAGCAGCAGCAGCUUCAGAAGUGGAUUUAGGGAUGUGAAACGUGACGUGGAGGAAGGAUAAAUAGUGGGAUAGGUAAGUUUCAGUGCUGUUGUUGUACAGUCAUUUUUGUUUCAUACACAUGGCUUGGUUCAUGUUUUAUUUAAAGUCCAUCCAAAUCCCCAGCUCCCUGCCUUUUUACUUUUUUAAUUUGGUAAAGAAUUGACCAUAGAUAUCGCAACGACUCACUUCUGAGGGACAAAUCGCCUCAGGAACCUUUGCGUUGACCGUAGCUGUGCGCACCAGCUCACUCAUCAAGGCUGCAGUUUUUAUGAUGGUUCUUAAUCUUACCUUUUUAUAUUUUUUUUGUUAUUGGGGAAAUUCUACAGGACCGGGAGCAGACUCAUUAAGCACGAGUCUGAGCGGGGGAUUUUUCCUUUUUUAAUGUUCACUGUAAAUAUUUUUUUAAUUUGUGGAAAGCCAAUAUCGUGGUUCUGUUCAAGUAGAAAAAACACAUUUUAUUGAAUUGAAUUUGAGUCCGAAUUUUGCAUAUUUAAAAUGACUAAAUUGCGGGAAAUGGCACUUUUACUCUGCCAGCUGGGUCACUUUGUAUGAGACGGGUUAGUCCAGUGAAUCCCUGCAGACACAUUUUUACAUGUAUAUAUUACAUACAUUUAAUUUCUGCCCAUGACAAGCAACACUGGGGUCCACCCUCGAGCAAAAACAUGUUGUGAUACUUUUGGAUUACUUUUUGAUGUCUCUAAAUGCCAGUUUGUCAGGGAUGUGUAAAUAGCAUAAAUGUAUUGUGUGUAAUUACUUGUACAGUUUAUCUUGACCCAGUGGCAUUGUAAUAGUUUAGUUUGGGGCUCUGGGGUCUUCACUUUAGGUAUGGUGUACUGAUAUCUGUACAGUUCUUUAACACACUUUAUUUACAGUAUUUGUGUAUAUUUUAUGAAGUAAUAAAAUGAAUAAUGUUGCUCACAAAUCA